CCUCAAACACGCUCAGACCUUCCAGUCCAGUAAACCGCUCCCUCUGUCUCUCUCUCACACACGCACACAGCCGCAAGCGAACGACUGUAAUCCAUUGAUCUGCCUUCCACAGCAGCGUAUGCAGAGCAGGAGCAGAGAGAACCAGAUCUACACCGCCUUCAUGCAGCGCUACAUACUUCCUCUCCUCCUCAUCCUCGGGGUGAGGGAUGGACUCGGGACCCCUCUGACAUCCAGCCCUGGCCCUACCGACUCCCCCAGCGCCCCGCCGGACCCCUGCGAGGGCAGACCCUGUCUGAAUGGAGGCGUCUGUAGUCGAGUGGGAGAGAUGGAGGAGAGUCCGAGCACACAGAUGCAGACUGACUUCUGGGCUUACACCUGCAUCUGUGGGCAGGGCUUCAUGGGACAGAACUGUGAGUUUUUUGCAGAUCCAUGCGCCAGCAGCCCCUGUCUCCAUGGCAACUGUAGCCAGGACACCGAGGGGGAUGGGUUUGCGUGCGAGUGCAGCGAGGGUUACAGUGGGGUUCAGUGUGACCUGCCUACCUUGACCUUUGACCUGUCCGAGUCCACCUGGGACCUCGCCGAGAGCCUCGUGCCGGAACAUGCCACGCCUGCCACACCUGCGACCACCACUCAAGUGUUCCAGCCAACCACAGUCCCCACCACCACUCAAGCUCCGCCCACCCUGGAGCCAUGGAGACCCAAACCGGCUCAGAAAGUGGUGGAGAUACUGUGGGAGGAACAGCAGAUUACUGAUGAAGCCGAAUGUGUGAGUACCGCCGGAGGUGAGUCUGCAGGAAUGAUGACCGUUUCCAUGGAGGUUGCCGAGGAAACAGCUGUGAAGUUGGUGGGUAAUGUGAGUGGCUCCGCUGUGCUGUGGCGUGUAGGAGAGGCUGGUUAUGAGCAGUGCUCUGUUGCAGAUGGUACAAUCAUGUGGUUUCAGCAGAGCUUAGAUGGCCUGGUGCUCCCUGACCAGUCCCUGCCCUUUGGACAAAACUACUUCAUCAGUGUGCUGCAUGUUGGUGCACCCUCUGGUCCAGAGGUCACUUUGAGGCUGCAUCUCAAUGUAAAAACCAAUAACUGUGUGGAGCCCGGCAGUGGCUUCAGCGACCCACAAUGCUCUGGGAAAGGAAAAUGCAUCACCCAGUCCUCUGUGGACACGUUUUACUGCCAGUGUGAUGAUGGGUAUUCUGGGAUCUUCUGUGAGGAGUUUGAUGCCUGUCACCUGAAGCCCUGCGAAAACAACGGCACCUGUGCUGACCUCAAACAGAGAGAUGAAGGACAAAACUACUCCUGUACCUGCCAGCCAGGUUUAGAGGGAGACCGAUGUCAGUCAUUGGUAGAUCACUGUGUUUCUGGACCCUGCAGGCAUGGAGCCACUUGCUCCAGCAGCCUAGAAGGACCUCACUGCUAUUGUGCUGAAGGUUACCAGGGUGCCAUGUGCGAGCAGAAGAUUGAUCCCUGUGUUUCUGGGCCCUGCCACAAUAAUGCCAGCUGCUCCCCACAGGGUGCUGGUUUGGGCUUCAGCUGCACCUGUCCUGCAGGUUUCACUGGUCCUACCUGCGCCCAGCUAGUGGACUUCUGUGCCCUCAACCCAUGCGCUCACGGCAUCUGCCGCAGCAUCGGCACUAGUUACAGGUGUCUGUGUGUACCAGGUUAUCAUGGUCUGUACUGUGAGGAGGAGUAUAAUGAAUGCUUGUCUGCUCCCUGUCAGAAUUAUGCCACAUGCAGAGACCUGAUCAAUGCCUAUGAGUGCAUCUGCGCCCCACAGUUCACAGGUAAGCACUGUGAGAUAUUUAAGGACCCCUGUCUGAAGCUCAGGUGCCAGAAUGGAGGACGCUGUGAGAGUGGAGGGAGAAACGCAUCCUGUGUGUGUCCUCCAGGAUAUAUGGGUGAGAACUGUGAGGUUGACAUCAAUGAGUGUGAGAGCAACCCAUGUCACCAUGGCGGCACCUGCAUCGACCAAUCAAAUGGCUACACCUGUCACUGCCCUCCUGGCUGGGUCGGCGGAAGCUGUGAUAUCCAUCUGCAGUGGAAGAUGGCUCAGCAGGUUGACUCGCUGACCAACAUGCCGCGUCACUCUCUGUACAUAAUCAUUGGUGCUCUGUGCGUGGCUUUCGUCUUGAUGCUCAUCAUCCUCAUCGUUGGCAUCUGUCGCAUCAGCCGUAUCGAGUACCAGGGCUCCUCCCGUCACACCUACCAGGAGUUUUACAACUGCCGCAGUAUCGACAGUGAAUUCAGCAACGCCAUCGCCUCUAUUCGCCAUGCAAGGUUUGGGAAGAAAUCUAGACCAGCGAUGUAUGAUGCGACUCCCAUCAGUUAUGAAGAUUACAGCCCUGAUGACAAGCCUUUAGUUGCACUCAUUAAAACUAAAGAUUUGUGAGGCAAUACAUCUGCACACACACAUACCACAUACACACAGCCACUGUUCCAGUCUUUAAAACGAGCCAAUCCAUGCAGUAUUUCUUUCCAGAGAACAGAUUAAAAAAAUUAAUCAAACCUUACAAAAAACUUUUGAAAUUGAUAUAUUUUAUCAUUGUAAACCAUGAAGCUUUUAAUUCAUAUCAGGCACUAGCAGUGCUGCACAGAAUUAGUUAAUGGAAUAGUCCCAAACAAAUGUGCUUUGUUUGCAGACGCAAAUGUUUUGUGGAAUGUAAGUAGAUGAAUAACAAGCUACAUUGCAAAAUGUGUAUGAGAGGGGGUGUUUAACCAAACCAUUCCACCCUCUAGACUCUGAUUACAAAUAUGAUAGCAGCAAUCCAAGCAAAAGCUUUAGAAUUAGGAGUAAAAAAAACUCAUAGUACAGUUAAACUGUAACUUUAUACAGAAUAAUUAAUUUAGGUUGCCUUACUGGUGCAUGGAUAUGGUCAGUGGUUUGGCAUUACUCUGUAACCUUAUGUACAUUGUUGUUUGCUGUUUCUUUCUUCUUGUUUAUUGUGGUCUCUUUUGUGUCAUAAACUUGGUGUUAGCAAAGUCUUAAGAUACCACUGUCCAUGUGAAGGCAGCACAACAAAGUGCUUUUAAAAGUAAUAUUUGGUGGUGUCGUUUUCCUCAGUAAUAAACUAGGCCCCCUGAUCUAUAUUGCAUAGUGUUUUCUGGAAGACUUCUCUGUUCCAGUACACCUGCAAAGCUCCUUAAGUUUUGAUCACAUUUACCGCUGCCUGGCUAAAUUUUUCUGGCUAAAUCCAGUGAUUUCUAGAGGAAUCUAUGCGACUGGGAGUUUCACAUGCAGAUUCACAGCUUUUGAAGGUGACUUCUGUGUGAGCUGUGUGUCAUUCAUUCCCUUAACUAUUGAAAAUUGGGGAAAAAAAAUAAAACAUUUGCCUGCAAAAUCGUGUAGAAAUUUUGCAAAUGUAACCACAAAUUAUCAGAGAGUUGAGGAGAGAAAAACAAAAACAAAAAACCUUCCGAAAAAUCUUCACGAAAACUAGUGAGUCAGUUUAGACAUACUGUAAAAUGGCAAUAACUAUCCAGAAUUUGCUCAAAAACUAUUUGGCAAUACAAUCAAACUGAGUUUACAUUUUGGUUUCAUUGUCCAAAUAUACUGGUAAACGGAUAUGUGCAAAACCAGCAGUUUCUGAGCAAAGGAAAUCUGAGUAAAGGAAAAAUAAAAGUGUGCCAAAUGGUUUUUGACAUUUACUUAAUUUAUAAAAACAAAAAAAGUUUAAGGCAUUUAGAUGGCCUUACGUGUUUUCAGACUGUUAAACUUAAUUGAUUGUGAGUGUAAACACAUUAAUGUGUGAGAGAGCCAUGGAAAAUUCAAGAACUGAAAAUGCUGCCUAUGUAAUGGAAGUUGUAGGGAAGAUAAUGUGCACAAGUAGGAAACUUUGAAACUUUUAAUCUGCACAGAAUGUUUACUGGCAUUGAAAUGGAGUUAAAAAUAGCCUCCAAGAAUAAGAUUACCUUCCCCAUUAGUAUCUACUGAGACAUUAGUGAGUCAGAGUAUUGGAACAAGUGAAGUGUCUCCGACAGGUCCUGGAUUCUGGUUAAGACUGGUGUAUUUCUGCCAUGUGCUUCUGGUGUUCCUGCAAUGGCUUCCAGCUCUUUCUCCCUCUCUUUCACUUCAUUUGCAUCUGGCUGGAGUGGUACUCAUAGGAUGUUUUCAUUCUUUCCUUUCUCUCUUAUCUACUCUUACUUAUACUCAUUGUACUCCUAUGGUUAUCUUUUUGCUUAGUAUAUAGACCGGUAGAAGUUGCCCUCUGUAGCUGAUUUGAGACCAGUUUUGAUGCUUUUUAAAGCCUGAAUUAAGGAAAUGAUUUGCCUAAAAAUGACUUAAUUUGCAGAAUGUCCAAGCUGCUCUUUUCCAUUCAAUGAAAGUACUGGAAAAAGCAUAAAAACAGUUCAUUUUCAUAAGACACAUUGAAGCUGUAUGAUAAAACUGUACGAAGAGCAGACUGAAAUGCAUAAUGCUCGCCACAAAUCUCUGUCAUAGCUUUCAAAUCGUGUUUGUAAGUAUGAAAACAUUCCUCCUUGAGAAGCAUCGUGCCAUGUUUGGUUUGAAUGAUAUCAAAUAAAACUGGCUCAGGUUUCUUAAAGCUGAUCUCACUAUUUGAAUGUUUUCAAUUGAACUAAAGGGUGAAUGGGAUUUGGAAGCUAUUUGGGAGACUUUUGGCAUUUUUACUGUGUUUUGUCCAUUUUGGAGCUUGACCAAACUAUAUCAGCCCUUGGAGAUUCUCUAAAUAUCCUAUUAUAGUGUUUGACAGAAGAUCGGAAAUGAACAGCAUGAAGGCAAGUUUUAAGAUUUUAUCUUCAUCUUUAGGUGAAUGAACAGGUUGUGUCUAGGAUCAGUACUAAAGGGAAACUUCUAACCCAAGAACUGUUUUUGUUAGAUAAAGAUAACACCCAUUUGGUUAUAUAUGUGGAACGAUGUAUUAAUAAAAGUUAUAGUGAAAGCCUA